CCACCUGCUCCCCAGCGCCUUGACCGGGACCCCCCCGCUCCACCCCGCUCCCCUGGGGGCCCCUCUCCCCGUCCCUCCCCAGCCUCCCCCAUCCCUAUCGCCGUGUCCAGCCGACGGCGGGAGCCGCGGGGCUCAUCCCCGGCAGCUCCAUCCCGGGAGAAGCGACCAGACGGGACCGUGGGGAGCCCUCCCGAGCCCCCCCGGCCCCCUACCCGCGGGGGCGUGCCGGCACAAGCCAGGCGGGGGCCGGGCCGGGAGCCGCCGGAGCUGGAGCUGGUCCCGGUGCCGGUCCCGGUGCCGGUCCCGGUGCCGCCGCUGCUGGGGGGGGGGGAGGCGGCGCCCGCCCCGCGCCCCCGCGCCCCGCCCGUCCCCGGCGGCAGCAGCAGCGGCCUCGGCACCCCCGGCAGCUCGGCCGGCAGCUCCAGCCCCAGCACCAUGGACCUCUCCUUCAUGGCCGCGCAGCUUCCUGUUAUGGGAGGAGCCUUUAUGGACUCACCAAAUGAGGACUUUAGUACAGAGUACUCCUUGUUUAACUCCUCAGCCAAUGUCCACGCAGCUUCUUCCAUGCAGAAUCCACCAGAAGAGACAUCCCGGUCUUCAAACGAUGCCAUAUUGUUAUGGAUUGCAAUCAUAGCAACAAUUGGAAAUAUUGUGGUUGUGGGAGUGGUGUAUGCCUUCACCUUCUAGGAUGCCUGUCACUCCAAACACUGAAAGAGAGGAUAACUGCAACAGUAUUUGUCAUGUGUAUGUAUGUACGUGUGUAUAUAUACAUGUAUAUCUAUAUAAAUACAUAUAGGUAGGGACUUUGUUGAUUAAGUGCUACCACAGUCAUGGAUGUGAAAUGCAAGUUUAUCACCAUGAAUUCCGAUGGCAGAAAUUUAGAUGCAAUUGCAAAUUGUAUGGAGGUGAAAGCUUUAACCGAGAACUGAGCGAACACAAGUUUCGUAUGGAAAUGAAAGAGAGACCAGUGUGGGUAUAGUGAAUCCAAAAGAAACAGAGAUUUAUACAGAAAGUGCUUAUUUUCUACUGCUUAGAUUUUUCUAGCAGCUUUUCUGGGUUUUGUCAGCUUUUUUUGUGUAUUUUUUUUAUGGUGGUAUAAUGUUGUAUGAAAUUGUUCUGUGUUAUAUUUGCUGGACAACUUAGUUUUCUGGAUGGAGUAAAUGGUAGGCAUUGGGUCAGGUCUGAUGCAGUACAAGGUCAUCACAGGUGUGUCUUGAGCACUUUCAUACACUAGGCUGUGUUCAAAAUGUGUCUAACACUAUGACAGGCAGAUGCAUGCUAUUAACACUUGCCUUACUAGAUGUGGUAAUCUAGGAAUUGAUGCUCAGCAUGCCUGCUGUUUGCAGGAGGAGGCACAGCUAUUUCAAGGUGUGACUGGUUUGCAGCCCCUCUGCUCCUCAGAGGAAGGGUGAAGCCCAUUUCUAUGUAGGGAUACUGGACUGUAAUUACAACAAUAGUUUUUCUUCCAGGAAACAAAGGACAGAUAUCACGCUUUCCAACUUAUUUCCUUCUAAUCCAGGUUUUCCACAGAAGUUAUAUAUUUAUAUAGUUAUAAGCAUAUAGUCAUAGAGAAGGAACAUUGUGAAGCCAAAGAGUAAGUGAUGUUUCUGAGAAAAAUAGAUUUGAAAGACAGAUGAUGCUUCUGUGCUCUCAAGAGUGAAUGUAAGCAUUUAUGUGUGCUGGCAUAGAAAUAGCAGAAAAAGGUAAUAUGUGGCAGAUAUACAAAUACUUGUGUUUCAGUCUUAGUAAGUCUCUGGGUUGUGGUGAGGCUCCUGGAAGUGGCUCUUACAUAGACUACGUUAAGUAACAACUCCAAUUGUCAUUUGGAUUUGUUCUGUUGGGGAACAGUAUUUCCACUGCACUCUUCCCAUCAGCAGCUCCUUUUAAGAGCUGUAUCUUUUCAAAACAUGCUGAAGCCCUCCAUGUUUCAAAGAUUAAAGAAUCCUCUGGGGGGAGGGAGGGGGUAUCAUCUCUGUUGGAAAUCUUUGUCUUCCCUCUAAAACAAAACAAAAUACACAAAAUAUCUGAACUUUGAGAUAGUAGUAGACCAAUUCUUCCUCUAAGUAUGCAUGUGCUAUAUUGGUUUUCUGCCUCAUGCAACUAGUAUGCUAAUUCCAGAAAGCCUCUUCUGAAGACACAGAGACUAUUUUUGACACUUGCCUGCCACUGAGCUUGAGGCUGGGCUAAGAGCUGGCAAAUGUAAAGGGAGGUUUGGAUUUUCCUUCUUUUCUCUUUAGACCAAUUUUCCUGCAGGGCUGGUGAGUAUUUACAUGAAUCAAAGCAGCAUGCCCCAAACCAGUAUCUAGAAUUGUGCAGUAGUCACUGUGUAUAUUUUUUCAUGUCUUCAUGAACUUGCUUUUAAAGCUGGAAAGAUGCAAACAAACAGCUAGCAGGAGGGAGAAAAGGGACUAAGUUAUUCUGGGGAUGAGAAAAACAAUAACAACUCACCUGAGGAAUGGAGCUUCUGUGUGUUUAGGUAUUUCACUGUUUGGAGGCAGGGUUCUCUUUGGAACACAAGAAAUCUGUUCUGGGGAAAAAAGAAAAAAAAAAAAAAGAAAAAGAAAAAAGUUUGAGAAGCACACUUUUGGAAACUCAGAUGUGCAGAAAACAAGUUCUGUCUAAUAAAAUAGCUAUAGUCUUGAUACAGAAGUAAUGCUAUUCACAGUUCUAAAUGGAUGUUUGCCCCUUCAUAGGCAAACAGAAAUAAUAAUAACCAACAACAACAAAGGAGCUGAAUAGAUUGUGUACUUCUGUUCUUCUAUGCCUCUUUACCCUCUCGGAGCAGAAAGUAAACUGUUAAGUGAGACUGGAAGGCUGCAGAAAGGUCUCAAAAAUGGAAUAAUGCAGGACAAGAUCUGGUAUGCAAACAUCUAGGAACCAUGCAAAUAUUACUUCAAAUAUAUUUUUCUGAUAUUCUAUUGCCUUUUAAUUGUAUCAGUGGACUUUUCUUUUGUUUUUCUCUUCAACAGAUCUCUAAUUAGUUAUGCCAGAUCCUGCAAGCACUAUUUGUGCAUGAAGAGCAAAAUUUUUUUCACCAUGAUUAAAAACCAGUUUGACACUAUGGUACUUGCCCAAUGGGACUAUUCUGCUGCUAAAUAACUUUGCCGGUGGAGUGCUUUGUUUAAAUUUCCUAGAAUAUUAAUCUAAGUGCAAUUAGCAAUGUUUACAUUUCUUUCUCAAAGCACUAGACUAAAUUCUUCACCCAUGAAGAAUUAGAGAGGGAACAGCAAAAACCACCACUCUGCUAAUGAACCUGAGUGACACUUUUGUGUUGCUUUUCCCAAAGAAAGUGUCCUACUUUCAUUUGAAACUGAUAGUAAUUGCAGGAGUGUUGGAAGACAAUGAGUUCUGCCUCCCUCAUCCAGAUCAUCAUCAUACAUAUUUUCAUUAUUAGAGGAUGAGUUGUCAAAAGCAGCCAGACAGAACCUUAGUUAAAGUAAUUGGCUUGACGGGUGACAUGGAAAACAGGGUGCAGGAAGCAAGUGCAAGCAUUUCCUAUCUUGUAGCUAAAGAAACUAACAGUCCAGUUAGUUUUCUGCUGCUGAAAUAUAUUGUCAGGCGAUAAAAGAUUCCUACAUUAAAGUGAGCAGAGCUGGCUCAAAUUAUGAUCUCCUUUGAUCAGGAUAAACACUCUGUUUCUGGAUAUAGCAUUCUCAUUGGGUCUACUACAGCCUCUUAAAUCUCCUGGAAGGCUAAGGAAGGCUAAAAUUCAAGCACUGAAAAAAGGAGGUUCAUCCAUCAUUAAGUUCAGAGAGACCACAGAGGGGAGGGGAGAAGAAAUGGUAAAUGUUUCACAGGUGUGAUCCUGUGAAAUUUGUUAUCACUGCUUCAUUAUGUGAGUCAAAGUUAUAGCCUGAACUGUCAGCAUAGCUUGACUUAGAGGACUGUAGCUACUCCUUUUCCUUGAAGCAAAGCAGCUGGAGAAGUGCUGUCACUCACUGAGGAGUGAUGAGUAAGUCCAAAUGCAUUCAUUCCCCCAAGCUGUUCUGUAAAAGCCGAAGAGGCUUCUGUGCUUUGCUGAGCAUUUCGUGCACCAGCAUUAGAGCAGGAUUCCACUUGUAGAUCUGUGCUUUAGGUACGUGCAUCUAGCACAGAUAACAGCUACAAGAUCCUGAUCAGAGUUUGUUCAGUAGUGGACAAAAGAAGAACAUUUCCUACCUGCAGCAUUAGACCCCUAGCUAUGUUGUAAACAUCAUCCUGCAAGCACAAGAAGCCAUGCUGCCUGUGCUCUGCAAUUAUGAGUGAUCCAUGGGAUGCAGGGGAAUAGACUGGAUGCCCUUACAAGUCUUGUCUUGCCAUGGCCCCUAGGGAUCUAUGACAACAUAUCAGAUAAUCAAACUGUCACUUAAGAAUUUUGUUUUUUGCUCUAAGCAGCCAGCAGCUCGACACAGCAGCUGUGCAGCCACCACAGCAAGGAGACUCAGCUUGGAGUUGGCCUCGAUGAUCCUUGUGGGUCCCUUACAACUCAGGAUGCACUAUGACUGUGAUUCUGUGAGACUGAAGGCUGAACAGUUCUGGAGGUAGGUGCAAAGGCAUGUUAGAUGGGAGAACUGAGUGAGGAAACUCAUAGAGCCACUCCUGCUAUACAUUUAGCUCCAAGGCUAGGCACCUGUUCUUGUCCACAACAUUAAUAUCCCCCUAAAAUAAAGGGAGGAAGCAGCAUGUAUUGUCAUGUCAAUGCAUUUGCAAAAAGGAACAGAUUUUCAAACUGAUGCAACAGUAGCAGAGGGAUUCAACAGCUACAAUAACAUAUUUAGCCAUUUAAAUGGGAAAGUGAGCUGAUAGUUACCUCUGAAGUAAUGAAAUCCACUCUCCAAAAUCCUUGUUUGCAAUGGAACUUGAGGGUCGUCAGCAUCCCACCAACUGCCUGUAAUAACAAGACCCCAAUCAAGAGUGAAUAGAAGCAGCCAGCUAUUGUACUCUGAAAGGGAAAACCUGCCUUUAUGUCUGGGACACAAAUUAAAACAGCAGUCUUUAGUCUAUAGGAAGUUAUGCAGUUUGUCUAUUAUUAGAAGCUUUCUUUUUGUUAUUAUUGAACUAUUCCAGUUCUUAAUAUCCUUUUCACAUUUCUCUGCAGGCUGCUGAGAGUUAUUAAUUUCAUGUAGCUCUGUCCAUUUAUACAGGGUAAUUUUGCUGGGCUUCCUGUGGCUAAUCACAGAGAAGAAUUUGGAAAAUUAUUCAUUUUGAGGCUGAUUUCCAUUAUUAAGAGAAAUAGGCUGAAAAUCAAAAUUGCAGAUCAAACGCUUCUGUGCUUUUAAAGCACUUAGAGCUCUGGAUAAGUGGAUUUCAUCUGGCUAACACUCAGAAAGAAAAAGGGCAGUCAGGUCUCUGAUGGUAAUGUCAGACAUCAGGGUUCUGACAAGCAGAGCUUAGCGCUUCAUUAACUCCUCUUCUGCCCCUCUGGCUUUCUGGAUGCACAGUCUGAGUGAGCUAACCAUCAGGUACAACGUGUCCCUCCUGUCUUACAGCAUGCUUAUCCUCAGGGGACCAAGGCCAUUUGUGCCCCUAGCAGAAGAAGAGCUGGAGAUCAAUAUUCUAUUAGGUAUCUUGUUACACAGCAUAUUGGUCAGUCAUGGUAAGAUCAAGACAGGAAGGGUUUAAAAAGUAGUUAGCCCCUUUGCCCCUAAUCUGGGAAAACACUUUAAAAAAAUCAAAAUAUUCUGAGGUCUUAAACUUUCGUACUGGUCUUGAUGUGAUUUUUGUCUUUCCUCAUACAACCCCUUUUACCUUGACCUCUUACCUGUCUUUCCAACUCAAGACAAUGAAAAUGAAGUCACCGCUACCCUUGUCUGUGGGCAUGUAGGGAAAUCCUAGCAGGUUAGGAAAAAACAUAUCGCAUUUUAGUUUUUGGCUGUUCAGGCACAAAGUAAUAGGAAAGACUCCAGUUCUCUAUAGAGAAAUCUCCAGGGAAAUACGUGCCUUUGCAGAACAAAAUGCAUUGCAAUUUUGUCCCAUUCUGAUCUGUACCAGAGUACUUACACUGAGACAACAUGGCGAGAUCUACAGUUGCUCUAACGUGAUUUAGGAAUUAAUGCAAGGCAGACAGGUAAUGGAAACAAAAUGGUGAUACAAACCUGUCGUGUCUAAUCAUCUCAACGGAUUGCUUCAAAGGCAGGUAAACCUGAGUGUCAUCAGAAAGCUUGAUCUGUUGGUACCAAAGUAAAAGCCCUUUUAUAUAGGCACAACCAGUGUUUCCAUCUUUUUCAGAAGUCUUUGGAUCAUUAUGCUACCCACUCUUAUCUUUGCAGUGCAGGCUUCUAGUGAAGAUAUUUUUCAGUUGUAGAAAAUACUGAGGAAGCUUCCCAUGUGGAUAGAAUACAUAAGAUUAAUGCCCAAAAGUGCUGAUUAGUCUCCCCGCUAAAACAAAAAAACACCAAGGUUUCUUACACAAGGCAUGUUAAAGAGUCAAAUAUCAUCUGUACAAUAGCAUCGCCUCAUUUUUUUCUGCAGCUUUAUGCUAGUAAAUCUCAAUGUCUUAUUGUUAUUAACCACAAUUAACAAAAGUCAAGACAGAGACAAAUAAUUUUUCAGGAAUGUCUUAAAUGUCACUACCUGAUCCUUCAGACUGUGUCAUUCCUCUUACCUCCCCAAAAUACCCUGAUGUGAAGUCUCAUCUAUCCCUUUAAAAUCUCUUGGCACCAGGUGUCUUCAUGCCUUCAUUUUAUUUCUCUUCUUGUCUUCUCCAUCUUCUUUUCAUUCCCUGGCAGCAGAGCACACAAGCAAUUGGAAGCCAGCAAUGUUCUUCAGCCCUCCUUAACCAACCACCUCUGUUGACCUUCAGAGGAAUACUACACAAAGAUGUAGUAUUAAUCUUUGUAACUCUAUCAUCAGUAUCCAUACAACCCAAAACAUACGUUUUAGAAAUUCCUGUUUUUACUAUUACUGCAUCAUUAAUUGAGCUUUCCCCACCCAAAAUCCCUUUCUUUUCUUCCCAAAUCAUAAUCAGCAUUAAAGUACUUAGGGUAAGGGAAGGGGACUGAAACAGGCACUGAAAAGCACCACAAAAGGUAGAAAAACCCCAUGUAGCAUCAUGGCCAUGAACCACUAUUCUAUCCAGUGAAGAGAAAACACAAUGUGCUGACCCAUGGGUAUUUCAAAUCUAGUCACACUUAUAGUUCUCAGAUGCAUCGUAAAGCUGCUAUAGUCAGAUGGAAAAUUUCUAGAUCUUUUUGUGAGCAAAAUGAGGUUACCUUAAGAACUUCAAAGUGUUGAGCAACCUCCUCGUCAGUCCAUGCUUGUUCUGGUAUUGUUUGACAAGUCUUCUGAACAGCAGUCAUUAAGGUUAUGUUGCAUUUCCUGUGGAGUUCAGUCCUAUUAAUGAGUGAAAAAGAUUAAACUAUGACAAGAUUUAGGCCUAGAACUCUUUCAGUUACUGCCUUCACAGGGAUGGUUGAAGUUCCGGAGCCUGCAAGCUGCUUUGUCCAGAGGGAUCUUUGCCUCCACCUGGAGACAACUGGAUUAAUAACACAUGUAUAUAACAUCUGCUUCAGUGGAACAUCUUGUAGGACUAGCUCCAGGUUGCUGUUUUUUUUAUUUUAAACACAUCUAAAGAUGUCCAUACUUCCCUAAUCAAAAAUAAAAUUAAAUUAAAAAAAAAAAGCAGAACACUGUAUUUUUUUAAAAGAGAAGGUAAAGAAAACAAGACUGAGUAUUUUGAUAGAUAUGCUAGAAGGAUAUUUAAUAUAGCAAACAGUUGCACUAUUUUUUCUAUUGUAUGAACACCUAACUGAAGAAAUAUAUGUUCUUUCUCCAAUAAAGACCUUUUCAGUUAAGAAGUUGUAAAGUUGGGAAGGAAUAGAGUGCAAAGCCUCAAUGAAGUUUUAAACUAAUGUAAAUAAUCCAGUAGCUAGCUUUGUGAGGUAGCUUAUAACAUUUACUUUUCUGUUACCUCAUCUCAAAUAUUGCCUAAUUGUUUGUGUUUUGUGUUUUUCCCCAUGAUAAACUAAAUAGUAACACUUUGAAAGCAUCUGUACUUCUCACAAAAUUGCAGUCAUUUGGAAAUGUCAUCCUUCAGUUCAUGUAAAACAAGUUUACUGGAGCCCUUUAGAAUGCACUGUUAUUUUUUUCAUAAUAAUUCUGGAAAAUUUAACUCUCUUGUUCUUUGUCUCUGCUACCCUGUUUUGUACACUAACGGAUUUGCAGGGCUUCUUUGUAUUGUUUUUGUAGUAUAUGGGUUGGUUUACAGAAAAAAAAAUUGCUCUAGUAAUAGUUGUUCUUGAAAUGUGAAUCUCUAUCUGUAAAGAGAAAAACUUCUUAAAAAUAUGUUUUCUCUAAUUAGCAAGUUUAUUUAACAGAAAUGUAUUCUUUUCUGCUCCUGUUAUAUUCUUACACAGUUAUUGACUGCUUUCACUAUGUAUGUACUUGGUACUGGUUUGUUCUUUUACUAUGAUGAAAAUGACACCUUUUGUUAACAGCAGAUGGAAAUUGUGUUUUGGGAUAAAGUUCUUCAAAUUGA